AUGGCGGGACGCGUCCCCCUUGGUUCGGGGGUUAACCAGAACCGAGUGUUCAUUGAUUUAACUGAUGAGACCGGACCAGGGGAUUCUGAGAUGGACUUGGGCAAACUUCCCUUUGUGGCAGCGUUAGCCUAUCGGUCACCAACCGUGCCACUAAAGAGGAAAAGCUUGGAUGUAUCCGAGGAUACCUCGGAUUCUUCAUCCGAUGUUCACAAGUUUCCACGGCGUGCACGCCUGCCGCAUGCCCACCCUGACCCAUCCACACCAAGUCCACCACCAAGGCCAUCUCAGAUCAGUGUUGUAAUCCCAUCACCGACAUCAAAACAAAAGCGGGAUAUUGCGAUCGCUCAGAAUGUCUCUGAUGUGAAUGGAAUGGAUAUUAAUAUCUUCCCUACAACUGACGAAGAGGAAAGAGUCGCCAAAGCCGCAUACCCUACUACCCAGGGUCGUCUUGACCGUCGUUCUAUCCCAUUGUCAUUCAAAUCAAAAUCAGCUCUCAACGUUCUCAACUUACCAUCGCCCUCGGAAACAAACCACCGUUCAAAACUCCGUCAAACUCUUGACGAGAAACUGAAACGUAUCAAUGGGCCUACGGUCAUUCCGACAGUUGACUCCCCAAAGCGUCUUGCCAAACUAGCCGAUAACUUCGAGUUCGUCAACAGUUAUCAGUACCGUGCGGGUGUGGAACGGAUUCCCGAUGACUCUGAUUUCAAUAUCGGCUGUGCAUGCAGUGCCACUAAUGGCUGCGAUCGGUUCGAAUGUGAUUGCCUCAGUAAGGAAGAAGAUUCCGAAGAUCGGAUCGUCCCUUAUCAGAUCUCUGAGAGCAACCCUAAAUUGAUUGUCGCCACCAAAAGUUUCCUUAACCGUAAGGCGAUUAUCUAUGAAUGCAACUCCCGUUGUGGCUGCGGCGGACAAAGAUGUUGGAAUCAUGUCGUGCAGAAAGGAAGGACUGUCAGACUGGAGAUCUUUGACACUGGGGCUCGGGGCUUCGGUCUUCGGUCCCCCGACUUGAUUCACGGCGGGCAAUUUAUCGACCUUUACCUCGGUGAGGUAAUUACAAAGGCUGAAGCCGACGAGCGUGAGAACCUCACCGAUGGUUCGCAUACACAAUCAUACCUUUUCUCUUUGGACUGGUAUGUGAAGGAUGACGAUGACGAAGAAGAGAAUAUGAAAGUCGUCGACGGCCGCAAGUUUGGCUCGCCAACUCGGUUUAUGAACCACUCAUGCAAUCCCAAUUGCAAGAUCGUACCUGUUUGCACCACGAAUCAUGUCGACCAAUAUCUUUACAACCUCGCCUUUUUCGCGUACCGCGACAUUUCCCCUGGCACUGAGCUGACUUUCGACUAUAAUCAGGGCGAGGAGAACACAACUCCUCAAAAGAUUGACCCUGAGGCUGUCCAGUGCCUUUGUGGUGAAACUAAGUGCCGUGGACAGUUAUGGCCAAACAAGCGCAAGGGCCAAGGAUCUAAGCCUUAA